UAUUUGUAAGUAUUAUAAACAUGAGUAUAAAUUCAGAAUUUCAAAUGAAAGGGUAUCCUGCAAGCUAUGUUGAUGUAGAAGGUAACUUUAAAUCUCAAGAUGAAGAAGCAGAGGGAGAAGAUAGGUCAUCUUUUGAAAAUGACGCCAGAGAACCACUCUUGUUGGCUGCAGAGGAAGAUAGCAAAAGUAUGCCGUAGAAAAAUAAUUAUAGAAAAAGAGAAGAAAGGAUGCUACAGGAGAUUACUUCAAUGUAUUGGGUUUGGCAAAUCAAAACCUGACCGUCAUCUAAAUCUUAACGGACAGACUAUCCCAAAGAGGUUUGCUAAUAACAAGAUUAGGAAUCAAAAGUACUACGUGCUCACAUUUGUACCAGUUGUGUUGAUAAAUCAGUUCAAGUUUUUCUUUAAUUUGUUCUUCUUGCUAAUAGCUGUAAGCCAGUUCGUCCCAUUCUUAAGAGUCGGGUUCCUGUUUACCUACAUUGCACCGCUUGCAUUCGUCCUUUUGAUCACAAUGAUGAAAGAAGCCUAUGAUGACUUCCAAAGGUACAGAAGAGAUAAAGAAAUCAAUGAGAAACAGUAUGAAAAACUUCAAGGAGAUGGUCAAUUCGGGUUCAUUAAAAGUGAAAAAAUCAAGGUAGGAGAUAUUGUUAAAGUUAACCAAAACGAGAGAAUUCCAGCAGAUAUGGUGCUUCUUUAUACCACUAAGCAUGAAAGCUCCAAUAUUUUUAUUAGAACAGACCAGCUUGAUGGUGAGACUGACUGGAAAUUAAGGAAAUCCAUUACUUUUACUCAAGAAUUCCAUCAUCAUGGUGGAAAUUUGAUUCAACUUUGUGAAGCGAAAGUCAUUUCUGAGCCUCCAAGUGCUUUGAUUUAUAACUUCAAAGGAAAAUUCUGAAGGGAUCAAGAUAAUGACACAGACUCUGAUGAAAGACUGACCCUCGAAAAUACUCUUUGGUCUAAUACAGUUCUUGCCUCGAGUGGGUAUAUCCUUGGGUUAGUAAUCUACACUGGGAAUGAGACUAGGGCGCAGAUGAACUCAAAGAAUCCAAAUUCAAAGGUUGGCUUACUCGACCUGGAGCUAAAUUUCCUCUCAAAGCUCCUUUUUGUAUUGAUGGUUUUGCUAGCUCUGACAAUCGUAAUUUCAGAUGGAUUUCAUGCAAAUUGGUACAUUUAUUUAUUCAGAUUUGUGUUAUUACUAUCAAGUAUUAUCCCAAUCAGUCUGAGGGUAAACUUGGAUAUGGCUAAGAUAUAUUACUCAUGGGGGAUAGCAAAAGACGUUGAAAUCAAGGGAACCAUUCCUCGCAAUAGUACUAUCCCAGAAGAACUUGGUCGAAUUCAGUAUCUUUUGAGUGACAAGACAGGCACGCUUACCAAGAACGAAAUGGAUUUCAAGAAAUUAGCCACUGAGUUCUCCACCUUCACUGUUGAUGACCUUGAUGAUAUCAGGAAUAUAAUUGAGAAAAACUGCCAUGAUGAGGAUUCACCAGCCAAAGAUCUUUACAGGGCACUGUACCCCACUGAAGAAGAUCUUGACUUGACCAAGACUGGAUCUAAAGGGAAAUCAAACACAAUGAGGAGGAAGAAAAGGCGAGAUUUGAACUACUCCAUUCGUGACCUUGCCACUGCGCUAGCUAUCUGCCACAACGUAACCCCUGUGCAUAACAACGAAGGAGAAAGAGAGCUGCAAGCUUCCUCUCCUGAUGAAGUAGCUUUAGUGAAGUUCGUCGAAAGCCUCGGCUACUCUCUUGAAAGAAGAGACCAGAAAGAAAUAAUCAUUAAGAACAAGAUUGGUGUUAUGGAGGAAUUUGAGAUUCUGGAGUGCUUCCCAUUCUCAAGUGACACUAAGCGUAUGGGCAUCGUCGUAAAGUACAAGAAGAACGGGCUGAUCCUGUUCUUCUGCAAAGGCGCAGAAGUUGUCAUGAAGGACAAGGUCAAACCCCAGCAAAGAUCUGACUUGUUGGAGAAAUGAGAGAUCCUUGCCAUGGAAGGACUCAGGACACUUGUUAUCGGCCAGAAAGUCCUCUCUAUUGAUGAAUAUGAAACUUGGACUAAUAGGUAUAGGAAGGCACUGAACGACUAUGAUAGAGGAGACUACUUAGCCGCCAAGGUUAGGGACGAACUAGAGACAAACCUCGAUUGCUUGGGAGUCACUGGAGUCGAAGACAAGCUCCAAGAUGAUGUAGAGAAAACAAUCGGAAGUCUACGUGGCGCUGGGAUCCAAAUCUGGAUGCUCACUGGUGACAAGGUAGAAACAGCUACAUGUAUAAGCAUCUCUACUGGGCUAAAGAGCCGCUCUCAGCCUCAUUUCUUCAUGAAGGAGAUAGAUAACCUUAACGAGGCUGAGUUCCGUCUGAAAGAGCUUGAACGGAAUGUUGAAAACUCCUGAUUCAUGAUUGACGGUAAUACUCUUGAUGUAUGUAUGAGUAACAAAAAUACUGAAGAGACCUUCUUUGAGAUAGCCUGCAAAGCCCCUGUUGUCUGUGUUUGUAGGUGUUCGCCAACACAGAAAGCGAUCAUUACUAGGAAAGUCAGGAAAUAUACAGGCAAGAGAGUUGCCUGAGUCGGUGAUGGAGGUAAUGAUGUGGGCAUGAUUUUGGAGUCAAAUGUGGGUAUUGGUAUUGUUGGUAAAGAAGGAAAGCAGGCUUCACUUGCAGGUGAUUUCUCUAUCAACCAAUUUUCCUUCCUCACAAGGCUAAUUCUCUGGCAUGGAAGACUGUCAUAUAAGAGAUCAGCCCUCUUAUCGCAAUUUGUGAUUCACAGAGGGCUGAUAAUCUCUGUAAUGCAAGCUGUAUUCUCCUUGGUCUUCUACCACGUCUCUAUUCCUAUCUAUAACGGAUUUUUGAUGCUAGGAUACUCCACAGUGUACACUUCUCUACCUGUUUUCUCAAUUGUGCUCGAUAAAGACACAGGGGUCCAGCAGGCGCUGGACUACCCUCCUCUUUACAAGACUCUUCAGAAAGGAAGGUCACUGUCAUUUAAGACAUUUUUGAUAUGGGUUUGGAAGAGUAUCUUCCAGGGCGGAUUCAUCAUGUUCUGAUGCAUUGCCCUCUUCAAUGAUUCCUUUGCAAAUCUGGUGACGAUUACCUUCAGUUCUCUGAUUAUCGUCGAGUUAUUGAAUGUAUAUUCUUUCGUAAACAGGUUUAAUUGGAAGAUGGGUGUAGCAAGCUUGUUAACACUAUUGAUAUACAUAAUCACAAUUUACAGUUUCAGAGGGUACUUUGACACAAGCUAUAUCAAUGGAACCUUCUUAUGGAAGAUCUUUGCACUGACCUUUGCAUCAUGGUUGCCAUUGCAUGCUUACAAGGUGAUCUAUGAAUGCUUCGACCCACCAGAACAGAAGAAGAUCUUGUCUGGAAAAUCAUAUAGGUAAAUCUUAGUUG